AUGUCUAUCCGCGAAGAACGCUACCGACGCCUAGGCCUGGACAACAUCGAGGAAAUCGAGGAAUAUCGGCCGGGCGGCUACCACCCCGUUCAUCUAGGCGCCGGCGGGUUCUCUACAACAUGGCUAGCAUAUGAUAACCCCGAAGAACGCUACGUGGCGCUCAAAAUCCUCAAGGCGGAAGAAGUAGCCUCUGAGCGAGAAACUCGUGUAUUGAAAGAUCUCUCGAAGGUAAGAUCUGGGCAUGUUGGAGGUGAGCACAUCAGAGUCCUUCUGGACCACUUCACGAUCCAUGGUCCCAAUGGCGAGCACGACUGUCUGAUCUCAGAGGUUGCUGGGCCGAGUCUGAGGAAUGUCUACAAUGUCUACGGAGCAGGUUUCACAGCUGGAGCACGACGACUGCGGUUUGACGUUGCAAGAAAGGCCAUCAGACAGCUAGCAGAAGCUGUGGGCUUUCUCCACACGGGUCGUGUUUGUCAUGGCGAUCUGACACUACCCAAUGUCCUGCUCAGAAUGAAAGAUAUCAAUCGCUGGACAGAAGAAGACGUCUACAAACGCCUGGGCAAGCCAUCCACAACGAAGCUGAUUCCAGCCGCACAGUCUGAAUCCAAUAAUUCUGGUCCAGAGUAUGUCGUCGAGCCUGCGGGCUUGCCAGAUGCAGAAUAUCUUGCAGAAGACAUAGUCCUCGUCGACUUCGGCGAAGCAUUCUCGUUCGACCAGCCACCGAAGCCCGACGACAUCGGUAUCCCGUUCAUGUAUCGCGCACCUGAAACCAUGUUCGAUGGGAAAUACGACUCACGAUCUGAAAUCUGGGCACUGGCCUGUGUAUUGUAUGAGAUUCGAUCCGGGGAUCCCCUUUUCACGAGCUUGAUGGGCACGAAAGACGAGAUUAUUAUGCAGUGGGUAGAGAUGAAAGGUUGGAUGCCUGAGCCGUGGUGGAGUCGAUGGGGAGAGGCGUGCGAGGUGCUUUGA